AUGUUUCCUGAUAGCCAUAUUGCUAAUGAUUAUUCAUUACGUCCACAAAAAUUAUCUUAUGUUGUUUCGCAUGGAACCAGUUAUUACUUUAACAACGAGUUAAUUAAAGAUGUACGUAAAGCUCAUGGAUUUUUGUUACUUUUUGACGAAACAACUAUUGUUGGUGUUCGUAAACAACUCGACAUUUUUUUUCCGGUACUGGACUGCAACAGUGAUGUUGAAUGGGGCUUUCUCCAAAAUAAUCAUCUUGUUACAGAUGAGCGUUCAUCAUUAAAUGAAGCAUCUAUCAAUGGUCUACGAGCUACAAAUGCUGGUAUUAAAUUCUUUGGUGAUAGCAAAGUACCAAUAACUAACAGUUUACUGUUCAGUGUUCAACAAUCUUAUUCACGUUACGCGAAAGAUAAUGACCGACAGCAGAAACUAGUGAAGAAUGUUGAUACUGUCAAUGGAAAACGAACUAUUGAUACUUAA